GUUCUUGAUGACUCCGAUAUCGACGAAACCAAUUGGCUUUCAUAUGCCGCCACUUCAAGCCAGUUAGAUGAAACCUUUGCGGACACACGAUGUCCUAAGCUAGAAAAUAACAUUAAUGAACGUGAUAGCGACUGGAGUUGUUAUCCACGCGAAAUGACUUCACCGAUCACUGUUUCCGCCACAGGAUUUAGCAGUGGCACUAACACCACAUGCGCUUUUCCUGGUAAUGCAAUGAACCCAAAUACCCUUGAUAUUGGUUGCACGCCUAGUAGCUUUCUUUCUCCUUCCAAUCGUCACAUCUCUGUUUGUUCAACCCCCGGCGGUCCUCCACUGCUUAGCGCUCCAGGGGCCCGGCAUAAUCUUAUCCCUGGACAUUUGGGAACGCAGAAUCAGCAUCAGGUUCAUCACUCAGGGCCUCCAAAUACUCCACUGACAGGUCAUCGUCAACUCGGCUCCGUUUGCACUGCUGCAUCUAACUGUAGUGGCAAUAAUAUUUCCGGGACUGGUGGCCUUACUAGUGUUGCAUCAUAUAUCCCACCUAAUUCCAGUCCUACUUUCUCCGGUAUAACUAGAUGUCUUACUCCAGCUACUCUAUCGACAGAGGUGACAAAAUCACCACCUCGAACUGGCUCCAUCCUACGUCACCCUUUUUACCAACAGCAUCAUACUACUUGUUCGAACCCUGGGCUGGGGGGCGCCACCAAUCCAGUCAGUGGAGCUUCUGCUCCACUACAUUCGAGCCCGACACAUUCUCGUUACCAUCAUCUUCAUCAUGCUCACUAUACUCCCCACCAACCAAACUCGUCCCUUAACUAUCGAUUCCAUCCAAACUCCAUGAUCCGGACCACUGUCUGUGGCUCUAUUGGCACAGCUGUAACGUCUGCCUCAGGUGUGCAAAUACUUUCCGGCCUAUCUCAAAUGGGCCGAAAUCAACAAUCUCCGUUCGCUUCAUCAACUGUGGUUGAUUCGCUAUGA